CGCUGGGACAUCUCGAUCAUCCCCGGGCCCGGUUUCUCGCGGCUGCGCAGUGAGGAGGUGAGAAGCCGCGGAGCGUCGGGCCCGAAGACCCGGCCCAACAGAGCGGGAAGGAGAAAAAAAACAAAGAUCACGGCUGGAGAUUGGCAGCUGUGGGAUCCAAUCACGGUGGUGUUAGAGAGAGCGAGGGAUCCAGGCUCCUGAUGGAACCCGGAAAAGCUGAGGAGGGGGUGCCGCCUGCCGCGGGGGCCCCCGUAAGGAAGAGAUUCGUCAUCCCCCUGGACGACGAGGCGGUCCCUCCCGCUGGGGCCAAGCCCUUGUUCAAAUCCACACGCAGCCUCGCCACCUCGGGGACCCCAGAGACCCCGGCCCGGCCAGCUCCCCAGACCUAUGCGGAGUAUGCCAUCUCCCGGCCUCCGGCAGAGGCUGCAGCGCCGUGCCCCCCGGCCGUGGAGCCCCUGGCCGACGAGGCCCCCAACCAGGCCCUGAAACCCGGGACGAAGUCCAAUAGCAUCAUUGUGAGCCCCCGGCAGCGCCAGCCCUGCUCUUGUCCUCUGCACCUGAACGGACGGGACUGGCGAUACCUUUGGCCCUUGAGAGGUAACCCCGUGCUGAAGUUUGUGCGCAACGUGCCCUGGGAGUUCGGUGAAGUCCUCCCAGACUAUGUGCUGGGCCAGAGCACCUGCGCCCUCUUCCUCAGCCUCCGCUACCACAACCUGCACCCUCACUACAUCCACGAGCGCCUGCAGAGCCUGGGCAAGAGCUUCGCCCUGCGCGUCCUGCUGCUGCAGGUGGACGUGAAAGACCCGCAGCAGGCGCUCAAGGAGCUGGCCAAGGUGUGCAUCCUGGCCGACUGCACCCUCAUCCUGGCCUGGAGCCCCGAGGAGGCCGCGCGCUACCUGGAGACCUACAAGGCCUACGAGCUGAAACCUGCCGACCUCCUGAUGGAAAAGCUGGAGCACAACUUCCUGUCCCGGGUGACUGAGUGCCUCACCACUGUGAAGUCUGUCAACAAAACUGACAGCCAUACACUGCUGGCCACAUUCGGAUCUCUGGAACAGCUCACAGCCGCCUCGCGGGAUGAUCUGGCCUUGUGCCCCGGUCUGGGCCCCCAGAAGGCCCGGCGCCUCUUCGACGUCUUCCACGAGCCCUUUCUGCGCGUGCCCCGGUGAGCACACAGCCUGCGAGGACUGUCCCCCUACCAGCCCCCGGGGAGACGCUGGCCGGAGCUCCCCAUUGUUUACAAUAAAGCUGCACCAGGUCUGGGUGCCAGUCUG